AAGCAUUUAUUCCACUGGGAUAGAAGCGGCAGGAGCAGCGUUGGCACCGGCGAACCAUGGCUGGGAUUUUCUAUUUCUUCCUCUUUUCGCUUCUCUUUGGAAUUAGCGACGCUGUCACCGGUUCUAGGGUAUACCCCGCGAAUGAAGUUACUUUAUUGGAUUCCAGAUCUGUUCAGGGAGAGCUUGGGUGGAUAGCAAGCCCUCUGGAAGGAGGGUGGGAGGAAGUGAGCAUUAUGGAUGAGAAAAAUACACCGAUCCGAACCUACCAGGUGUGCAACGUGAUGGAAGCCAGCCAAAACAACUGGCUGCGAACUGACUGGAUCACCCGAGAAGGGGCGCAGAGGGUGUACAUUGAAAUUAAGUUCACUCUGAGGGACUGCAACAGUCUUCCGGGCGUCAUGGGGACUUGCAAGGAGACGUUUAACCUCUACUACUAUGAAUCGGACAACGACAAGGAGCGCUUCAUCAGAGAGAGCCAGUUCGGCAAGAUCGACACGAUCGCAGCCGAUGAGAGCUUCACACAGGUGGACAUUGGGGACCGAAUCAUGAAGCUCAACACCGAGAUCCGGGAUGUGGGGCCACUGAGCAAGAAGGGGUUUUACCUGGCUUUUCAGGAUGUGGGUGCUUGCAUCGCCCUGGUGUCUGUCCGUGUGUUCUACAAGAAGUGUCCACUCACCGUUCGAAAUCUAGCCCAAUUUCCCGAUACCAUCACUGGGGCUGACACCUCUUCCCUGGUGGAAGUUCGAGGCUCCUGUGUCAACAACUCAGAAGAGAAGGAUGUGCCAAAAAUGUACUGUGGGGCAGAUGGUGAAUGGCUGGUACCCAUUGGCAACUGCCUAUGCAACGCUGGGCAUGAGGAGCAGAAUGGUGAAUGCCAAGCUUGCAAAAUUGGAUAUUACAAAGCUCUUUCCACGGACGCCACCUGUGCCAAGUGUCCGCCGCACAGCUACUCUGUCUGGGAAGGAGCCACGUCCUGUACCUGUGACGGAGGCUUUUUCAGAGCUGACAACGAUGCCGCCUCUAUGCCCUGCACCCGCCCACCAUCUGCUCCCCUCAACUUGAUUUCUAAUGUCAACGAGACAUCGGUAAACUUGGAAUGGAGCAGUCCUCAGAACACAGGUGGACGUCAGGACAUUUCUUACAAUGUGGUCUGCAAGAAAUGCGGAGCUGGCGAUCCCAGCAAAUGUCGGCCCUGUGGAAGUGGAGUCCACUACACACCACAGCAGAACGGACUCAAGACAACCAGAGUCUCCAUCACUGACCUCCUAGCACACACCAAUUACACGUUUGAGAUCUGGGCCGUGAAUGGAGUGUCUAAGUACAACCCUAGCCCAGACCAGUCAGUGUCUGUCACAGUGACAACCAACCAAGCAGCACCAUCAUCCAUUGCUUUGGUCCAGGCUAAAGAAGUUACAAGAUAUAGUGUAGCUCUGGCUUGGCUGGAACCGGAUCGACCAAAUGGAGUCAUCUUAGAAUAUGAAGUCAAAUAUUAUGAAAAGGAUCAGAAUGAACGAAGCUAUCGCAUAGUUCGGACAGCUGCCAGGAAUACAGAUAUCAAAGGCCUGAACCCUCUGACUUCCUAUGUUUUCCACGUGCGAGCCAGGACUGCUGCCGGCUAUGGAGACUUCAGCGAGCCCCUGGAAGUCACUACUAAUACAGUGCCUUCCCGGAUCAUUGGCGAUGGAGCCAACUCCACUGUCCUGCUGGUCUCCGUCUCCGGAAGUGUGGUCCUCGUGGUCAUUCUCAUUGCAGCUUUUGUGAUCAGCCGAAGACGGAGUAAGUACAGCAAAGCGAAACAAGAAGCAGAUGAAGAGAAACAUUUGAAUCAAGGUGUUAGAACUUACGUGGAUCCCUUUACAUAUGAAGACCCCAACCAGGCAGUUCGAGAAUUUGCCAAAGAAAUCGAUGCAUCCUGCAUUAAAAUUGAAAAAGUCAUAGGGGUUGGCGAAUUUGGAGAAGUCUGCAGCGGGCGUCUCAAGGUGCCCGGCAAGAGAGAGAUCUGUGUGGCCAUCAAGACUCUGAAAGCUGGUUAUACUGACAAGCAGAGGAGGGACUUCCUGAGUGAGGCCAGCAUCAUGGGACAGUUUGACCACCCAAACAUAAUCCACCUGGAAGGCGUUGUCACCAAAUGUAAACCGGUAAUGAUCAUAACGGAGUACAUGGAGAACGGCUCCUUGGAUGCUUUCCUCAGGAAGAAUGAUGGCCGGUUUACAGUCAUUCAGCUGGUGGGCAUGCUCCGUGGCAUUGGCUCAGGGAUGAAGUAUUUAUCUGAUAUGAGCUAUGUGCAUCGAGACCUGGCUGCCAGGAACAUCCUGGUGAACAGUAACUUGGUCUGCAAGGUGUCUGAUUUUGGCAUGUCCAGGGUGCUUGAGGAUGAUCCCGAGGCAGCCUAUACUACCAGGGGUGGCAAGAUUCCUAUCCGGUGGACUGCACCAGAAGCAAUUGCCUAUCGUAAAUUUACCUCAGCCAGUGACGUCUGGAGCUACGGAAUUGUUAUGUGGGAAGUGAUGUCAUAUGGAGAGAGACCGUACUGGGACAUGUCCAAUCAAGACGUGAUCAAAGCCAUCGAGGAAGGGUACCGGCUACCCCCUCCAAUGGACUGCCCCAUUGCCCUCCAUCAGUUAAUGCUGGACUGCUGGCAGAAAGAGAGAAGUGACAGGCCUAAAUUUGGGCAGAUCGUCAACAUGCUGGACAAACUCAUCCGCAACCCCAACAGCCUGAAGAGGACAGGGCCAGAGAGUUCCAGACCAAACACAGCCUUGUUAGAUCCCAGCUCCCCUGAAUUCUCUGCUGUAGUAUCAGUGGGUGACUGGCUGCAGGCCAUCAAAAUGGACCGGUAUAAGGACAACUUCACAGCCGCCGGGUACACGACACUAGAAGCUGUGGUUCACAUGAGCCAGGAUGACCUGGCGAGAAUCGGCAUCACCGCAAUCACGCACCAGAAUAAGAUUUUGAGCAGCGUCCAGGCGAUGCGAACCCAGAUGCAGCAGAUGCAUGGCAGGAUGGUUCCUGUCUGAGCCAGUACCGAAUAGACUCAAACAAAACUCUCGAAUAGUUUACCUCAUCCAUGCACUUUAAUUGAAGAACUGCACUUUUUUUACUUCGUCUUCGCCCUCUGAAAUUAAAGGAAAAAAAAACAAAACAAAAACAAAAAACAAAAAUAUCUGCAGCGUUGCUUGGUGUAAGAGAUUGCUGAAACUGUGGGGCAUAUAAUGAAUGACCUUGAUCAUCAGAAUUAAACCUGGAGCCAGUAAUUUCUCAGAAGAACUCUGUCCAUCGCUGGUGUGUAAAAUACAUGUACUUAUAUAAAUAAAACUCUGCCUCCGAGUUUCAAUGCUGUAUUUCCCGUCAGACACACGGCUUUUCAAGUCACCCUAACCCUUUCUCUGUCUGGAAUUUCAACGGAAGGAUUCCAUCUGUGGCAUUACCUACUACAGUCAUCACUCCUUACCGGAACGAAGACCCGCUGUGCCCCAGGAGCAUUGUUAAAGGACUCAAUGGUGGCUAUCAGGGCUUGGUUUAGACCACAGAAGAAAAUCCAGGUGAAAGCCACUUGGCCCGUUCAUGCUGCCUCUUCAGUGCCCAGGACACCUGGUGGAUUUUUAUGACAUACGGAGGGGUGGGGGCUAGGAAGAAAAGAAAUUGGAUUUUUAAAACAUGCAAAGUCCCAAGCCCUUUUCCCCCUAACUGGACAAAUGAGGUCUCUUUGGGGCUGAGGCUGUGCCAUCUAAAGUCUUGUUUGGGAAUGCUACAAACUUAUCGUAACUACCUUAUGGAGAGUGGGCUGAGACAAUCCUGAAUGGAGAAUUUUUAUACACAUCCCCCUUUAAAGAGGCAACUCCCAAAUUUACAAGGGAAUAGACCCUGGUAUCUCAGCCUCACAGCCCUUCCUGUUGAUGACAUAAGCCCUUGGAAGAAAACAGAACACACCCUCCUCGGUUCCUUCUGAAAUGUUUUUCUUUGGCUUCUCUUCUACCGGUUUUGAGGCAAAGACACGACAAAACACACCUGUACCUGAACAGCGGGAGAAACGUGUCAAGUCCCCUUCGCCCAGGAAAACAACAUCCAGCUUUGGCAUCUGUUCUCCAGCUGCACUGAGGAAUGUGCUGUCUCAAGGCACCAGCUCUGCAGAGCCCUCGCUCCCGAACUCCUUGUGGUUUUAUUUAUACGUAUUUCCAUAUUUCAUUCCUGUUACGGCCCUGCUGCAUCCGUGUGGCAGCAAGUGACCAAAAUGUUACAGGUUUUACUAUGGACGCCAGGUCAGGCGCCACCAUGCAGAACAAAGCCAGUUCCGUAAGCUGCCUCCGAUACGCAUUGCUGAAGUAACAUUUUACCCAGGGUGUGCCAUUGCAGUGAUAUAAAUAUAUUUUUUUUCCUAGACUAAAAUAUGACCUGAAUAUCUCUUUUGAUGUGUGUACAUAGGUGUGUGUGUGUGUGUGUGUGUGUGUAUGUGUGUGUGCCUCUGUGUGUGUGUGUAUGUGUGUGUGCGCGUGUGCGUGCGUGUGUAACCCCAUGCUUAGAACUGCCUGUGAAUGUUGUGGAAUGCUAUACCUGGAGAGUUCUGGUUUAUUACCAGUUCAAAGAUAAAGAGUCACAUGAUAUACAAGACCAGGAGACCAUGUCCGUCCCAUUGGGAAGACAGCUUGGAACCGCUACAUGUUCUUUAUCUGUAAGUGUAAUGUGUCUGUCACAUUCAUCCUCAGAAGCAGUUCUUUGGCAGAUGUUUUCACCUUGAUGGUGGAAUGACUUUUAGAUAGAAGCCUGACUCGCCGAUUCUACAAUGGAGAGAGAAGGGGAUGGAAUCUGAAUUGUGACCCCAGAUGGAGAAUAAGUCGCCUUUGUUUCCCUGCAUAAAUGAACUUGUUGAAUGCGAACAAAUAUAUGCAAUUCAUAUACUUUUUUGGAGAUGAACUUAGAUAUGUGUGUCAGCCUUGAGAUGAUGUGUCUGGAGUAAUACUUUGUGUCCCAGUGUCACAGAAAAACACAUACAUGCCAGUGGCUCUUGAGGUUAAUGUAGUUGGGAUGAAAUGGCCUCUAGCAAUUCCAGGUUCCCCAAUUACAUGUGGAAAGUUCUGGUAAUUAAUAUGCAGCUAACCACUUUACCCUUGAAAGUACAUCAGUCUUCUAGAAUCGGAGUUCUGGUGUAUGAAGAUUCAGUAUUGACAGGAUAUGUAUACCAAACUCCAGCCAGCAUACUGCCAUUUUACUUAACCUGAGUGGCUGCCUUGCUUAUUCUGAGCUAUGGUUACAGAAACUGUGGCCAUUUAUAUAAGCUAUAACAUCAAAUCAGGGAAUAAUAAUAAAAAAAAAUGGGGGAAAAAAGAUUCUGAACCAUAUAUUGUUGAAUAAGUAAAGAAAAAUCACCAAUAAAUAUUUAUUGCAUUCUGACAGGGUGUGUGGCAUUGUAUUCUCAUAACUAUGCCAGAGUGACAAAGUUAAUUCACCCCUUUUGGGGGGACCUUAAUAUAUUUUUAAAGGGAUGUGCCUAUGCAUUGAUGCCUGAAAAAUAUGUGUAAAAAAAAAAAUGAAGUUGAACCUCUGAGUGGAUCAUCUUUCCCAGAGGUCAGAUGGGAGGAGGUCAACUUCCGGGUCUGUGUCCAGCCCAGGAGCAAGCGUUGGCCUCGUGAGCUGGAAGGCUACAAUCUAUUCAAAUCUACUAAGCAGCUUCGAGCUGUUCCCUGCACCAAAUCAAGCUCUUUCACCACGUGUCUGCAGGCUCUGAGUUAUUUUUGGCAAUCUUAUAAAUGGAAUGUUCUGGUGUGUUUUAAAGAAUAGAGGAAAGGUUGUGUUCACAACAUGAUUGCUGUGUGUGUUCUGAGACCUCUUGUAUUCAUCUGUGAAGGGUACGUGUAUUAAUCCAUACACUCCUAUAGCCUCAACUAUUUGUCUGAAGACACUUAAAUUUUGACCAGUAAAGGAAAGUUCUAGAAGCAAUAUUUUCACUCCUUUAGCACUGUCCAAAUAACAUCAAGUAUUAAUAAACGCUGAAGAGUGUAUUUAUUUUGUAUUACUCCAAGUCUGUUGGAAUAUGCAAGGACUGUGGUUAUAAUUAGAAUGUAUAAGGCAUAUUAUAAUUUAGUUCAUUCUGAAAAAAGAAGUUAGCCGAACAUCUCUUGGUUCAUACAUGUUCCAAAUGUUGAGCAAUCUUUUGAGUUAGCCAUAGAAUUUUUCUAUUUUGUUUUUUAUUUGUCAAGGCAUUUUUCUUCCCUUCAUGAACUUUAGGUACAUAUAACUUAUGUCAUUUAUUUAUGGUCUUUUAUACCUAGUUUGUAAAGUUGUAAAAUAGCAAACUAAAUGCAAAGAGUUUGCAUUUGAAAGUAAUAAAGUAGUUGCCGUAUACAAACCUGAAA